AUGGGUAUUGAAAAUCUUAAAAACCCGUGGGCUCCCAAUUUUGGCAGGAAUACCUUCAAAAUUGGUACCAUAGGCACUUUGACGGCGAAAGCGGUGAAAGAAGCAAUCCAUAGAAAGAUUUGGCGCCGCUCACUAAAUUCUGUGGUUAAUGAUAUUUGUAAAUCGGCGGUCCACAAAGAUAGUCAACUCAAUUAUCGAAGAAAUAAGGAAACAGGCGACGAUUUGGCACCAGAUAUCCGGAGGUGUGGAAAGAGCAGCGGUGAGAAGCGGAAAAACCAUCAAAAAACGACGAUUGUUCGUGAAGAUCCUCACAAUGAUAGAUCACAAAUAGGUUAUUUGUUUACAUAUGGUGGUACAACUAUUUCAUGGAGCUCGGUGAAACAAAAAAUAGUAGCAACUUCAUUUAAUCAUGCAGAACUUUUAGCACUACAUGAGAGUAUGGCUGGAAAAAACGAUGCUGCGAUUGUUGCUGCCUUAGAGGCUGUUACUCAGGCUAUGCAGAAUCAUCCUAAUGCUGGAGUGAUGGGCGAGUCGCGUAGUUUGAGUAUGUUCCAGAGGGAGAAAUCACCUACUUUCAGAGGUCGAUAUGAUCUAGAUGGAGAACAAGAGUGGCUUAAGGAGAUUGAGAGGAUCUUCCGGGUGAUGGAUUGUUUUGCAGCGCAUAAGGUUGGCACUCGUCAAAGAUUGGGAGCUAUUGGUGAGGUGAUUACUUGGGUUGUGUUCACGAGGGAGUUCUUGAGAAAGUAUUUUCCCGAAGAUGUCCGGAGAAAGAAAGAGAUGGAGUUCCUUGCGCUGAAACAAAAGAAUUCAAAUGUUACUGAGUAUACUGGUAAGUUCCUGGAGCUUAUGAAUUUCUAUCCACACUAUAGCGCGGAGACGGCUGAGUUUUUGAAGUGUAUCAAGUUUGAGAGUGGGUUGCGUCUGGAGAUCAAAUGGGUAAUUGGAUAUCAGCAGAUCUGUAGGUUUGCGGAAUUGGUGAAUAGUUGUCAGAUUAAUGAAGAGGACAACAUUGCUCAUUCGGCUCAUUACAAGAGUGUGAAUGAGAAGAGAGGAAAACUGCAUCAUGAUUGUAGGAAGCCUUAUGAUUCUUUAACUGAGAAGGGGAAACAGAAGGUUUCCGACUGGAAGACGACAAGUGGGGGAGGGGCUUUCGCUCCUGUCAAAUGUUAUAGGUAUGGUGAACAAGGUCACCAUUUUAAUGAAUGUGAGAAUAAAGUGCUGAGAUGUUACAAAUGUGGUAAGACUAUUCAUCAUGCUCCUGACUGCAAGGAUGAUGAUCCGACUUGUUUUAAUUAUGGCGAACAGGGUCAUAUCAGCACCUAG